AUGAGCAUGAUGAAGAGAGUUAAUAAUUUUUCCUCCACGAUUCAUCCAAUCCGAAGCUUUUCCUCGAGUGUGAAAAAUUUCACAAACACUGCCGGAAGAUAUUGUAAAUUAAUUAUGGUCUCCUCCAAGAAUAAUAACAAGUAUUAUGAAAUGACUGAAAAGGAUGGUGAAAUUCAUAUUGUCUAUGGUCGAGUUGGUGCCACAGGAAUUGCAAUCAAAGCCAGUUUGAGUGAAUGGGAUAGUUUAGUUCGAUCCAAGAUGAAGAAAGGCUAUGUAGAUAUGACAAAUUUGGGAUCUGAUAUGACCAAUGCAGGGGAUGAUAUUUAUUUAGAGAAUUCCAGUCCAGAUGUGAAGAGUUUAAUUUCAGAGUUGAAUAAUUUUUCGAAUAUUUCCAUUGUAAGCAAUUACAAUGUUGGAGUUGGAAGUGUUACAAAGGAACAAUUGGACUCUGCUCAAUCUAUUUUGGAUGAAUUGUAUAAGGUGAAUGAGAAUUUCAAGAAUGAUGAGGAUUUUCUGAAUUCAUUCAAUGAAAAAUUACUGAAAUUGUACGCUGUCAUUCCAAGAAAGAUGAAGAAAGUUCAGGAUUAUUUGAUUAAUGAUAAGAGUAAUAAGGAUAGUGCUGCUUCACUAUUAGAUGAUCAGCAGGAAAUUCUUGAUGUCAUGGCUACUCAAGUCAAGAUUACAAAACAUGAUCAAUCUGAUCAACCUGAUUUCCUUAAAAAGAAUGGACUUGUUGUGGAGGAUGCUUCACAAGAUGAAAUUAAACUCCUCAAGAAGAUGAUGGGCUCAGAUAGUCACUUGUUUUACAGAGCUUUCAGAGUUACCAAUAAUCAAACUCAAACACUAUUCGACAAUUUCGUCCAAAGGAAACGAAAUCAAAAGAGAGAAUUGUUCUGGCAUGGCUCUAAAAAUGCAAACUUUUUGUCCAUCAUGAUCAAUGGUCUUCAAUUGAGACCUGCUGCUAAUGGUAGAAUGUUUGGACAUGGUAAUUAUUUCGAACAAGAGGAAAUUCAGGUCCAACUCACCAUCAUCACUCGCACCACUCACACCAUCACCCAACGUCAACACAUCACACGAGACAAGUCAGUAAUCCAUCUCCACCUUCUAACAGCAGUCCAGAUAACAUAA